CUAUUUUCCUUCUCAGAACACUGAUUUUCUCCAUCACCAUAACGCGUUCGAUACACGUCCUUUUUCAUCAACCCACCAUCAAACAAGACAUCUAUCCAUCAUCAACUGUUUAUUUUAUUCAUCAUGACUGGACGUGGUAAAGGCGGAAAGGGCCUCGGCAAGGGUGGUGCCAAGCGUCACCGCAAGAUCUUGCGCGACAACAUUCAGGGUAUCACUAAGCCUGCCAUUCGUCGUCUCGCUCGUCGUGGUGGUGUUAAGCGUAUCUCUGCAAUGAUCUACGAGGAGACUCGUACUGUCCUCAAAUCUUUCCUCGAGUCAGUUAUCCGUGAUGCCGUCACAUACACCGAGCACGCCAAGCGUAAGACCGUCACAUCACUCGAUGUUGUCUAUGCCUUGAAGCGACAGGGCCGUACCUUGUACGGUUUCGGCGGUUAAGCGAACUAUCAUGCCCGACUUUCUUCCUUCAAUAACACAUGCGCAAUGCUUUUGGUGCAUCCACCUCAAGCGUUCUUGUAUGCUGUUGGAUACCUUCAUUGGAGGGAAUAAUGAUCCACCCUUUUUUUUUCCCCUUUAAUUCUUUUACAUAUUGUCUACUUUGUUUCCAGCGGUUCACUGGUUUGAGGUGGGGAUCUACAGUGCUUUUAUCAUUUUGGCUCACAGGUUGAUGGCUUUUAAUUUUGGGGGACAUAUGGACAUGAUUGUCUAUUCACGGUGCACGGAGUCUUGGUGUUGGCCAUGUUGUUUAGCUUAAACAGCUAUGAUACAAUAUGUAUUUACAAGCCAACUGAGAUCAUGUCUAUUCACAUGAUAUUCUGCGAGG